ACAAAUAAUGCCAGUAGCGCGGCAUUGAUGUCCCAGGACAUCCCUCAGGUUGUCGUCACACCAUCGAAAGAGAUCGACGAGAAUAAAGAACGAGGUAACUGGUCGUCACAGUUUGAGUUUUUGUUGUCAUGUCUCAGUUACGCCGUCGGUCUCGGCAACAUAUGGCGAUUUCCCUAUCUCUGCUACCGGAAUGGAGGAGGUGCGUUCCUGAUACCCUACUUUCUGAUGCUCUUCUUCGUGGGUAUUCCUCUCUUCUUCCUCGAGCUAUCCUUCGGCCAGUAUUCCAGCGAAGGACCUAUCACGAUAUGGAAAAUCUCACCGCUUUUCCAAGGAAUCGGGUACGCGAUGUUUCUGAUGUCAGCGCUCGUGGGCGUCUACUACAACAUGAUUCUUGCGUGGGCCAUGUAUUAUCUAUUGAGCUCAGUGAAGGCAAUCUUCAGCGAUCUCCCAUGGAAAAGCUGCGAUAACCCUUGGAACACCGAGAUGUGCAAAAAGUUCGACAUGACAAACUGCACGGCUCAUAAGGGCGUGAUGGACUCGAACUACACUUGUCAUUACGAGAACAGCACCGAGGAAUCGGAGUUCCUCCGAAUCAAGGCUCUACGAAUCGGAUCCAAGUCGGCUAGUGACGAAUAUUUCCAUAAUUUCGUGUUGGAAAUCACCGAGGGUCUCCACGACCUGGGGAACUACCGAUGGGAACUUGUGAUUUGUCUACUGCUAUGUUGGAUCAUCGUUUUCUUCUGUCUCUCGCGAGGAGUGAAGACGAUGGGGAAAGUCGUCUACUUCACCGCGAUUUUCCCGUACUUCGUGCUGGUCAUCCUGUUGAUCCGAGGUCUCACUCUCCCCGGUGCCAUGGAUGGCAUUAUGUUCUAUCUCACACCGCAAUGGCACCGUUUGGCCGAAGUGCGAGUGUGGGCCGACGCUGCGAUGCAGAUAUUCUUCAGUCUUUCCCCGUGCUGGGGAGGGCUGAUCACUCUGGCCAGUUACAACAAGUUCCACAACAACUGUCUUAAGGAUACCUUCUUCAUUUGUUUCGGGAACUGCGGAACUUCAUUUUUCGCCGGAUUCGUCAUUUUUUCGAUCGUCGGAUUCAUGGCAAAUAGUCUGAACGUCAAGGUCGCCGAGGUUGCCACCGAGGGAGCGGGACUCGCCUUCGUGGUGUAUCCCGAAGCCGUUGCGAAGCUUCCCCUGGCACCGUUCUGGUCAAUCCUCUUCUUCGUGAUGCUGAUGACCCUCGGCAUGGGAACACAGUUCACCAUUGUGGAGACGGUGUGCACCACCAUAAUCGACACCUGGCCCGAGAAAUUACGUCACCGUAAAGCCCUUGUGCUCCUGUGCAUCUGCGCCACGAUGUGCUGUUUGGGCAGCAUCAUAUGCAUGGACGGUGGUAUGUACGUACUUCAGCUCAUGGACAACUACGUGGCCAGCUACUCCGCGUUGACCAUCGGUCUCUCCGAAGUCAUCGUUAUCGGAUGGGUGUACGGAGCCGACCGUUUCCUGGACGACAUUAAGGUCAUGCUGAAAGAAUAUCCCUACCCGAAGACCUACUGGAAGAUCCUGUGGAAGUUCGUGGUUCCGACCUUGAUUUUGCUCAUCCUUGGCUUCUCGUUGGUCAAGUUGGAACCGACCAAAUACGGUGAUUAUGUUUAUCCAGCCUGGGCAACGGCACUGGGCUGGUCCAUGUCCUUGUUCUCGAUAUCGGCGAUUCCGGCUGUCAUGAUCUACAAACUGAGCGAAGCUCGCGGAGAUUUCUGGACGAGGGUGAGCACAUUGACUCAGCCGACAGCAGAUUGGGGACCUAAACUCCAAAUUCACCGAAUCGAGGCUCACAGCCCCAAGCAUACUGACUCUCAGGUUCCACUUGCUCUUCCCAACUACAACCCUGACGGCGAUCUUGAUCUCGAACCAGACUUCCCAGUGUAUUACAACAGCGCAAAGGCGAACGGGCAGAGUAACGUUUCCGACGAUAACGGAGACAACGACAGCGGCAGCGAACACGGCAUCUCAUUGAAUAUCCCGCGCAGUCGCCAGACAGGGCUCUAAGAGAUACCGCUGCCCUGGCUCGCAGUAUCGGGAUAUCCCCAUAGGAUGUCGUCUGCGGGAUAAGAAACAUCGUCAUUCGGCGGAACAAAGCCGCGACAAAGAAUUCAUGCUCCCCAUGUGCCUGUUCCGCUUCCAUUUCCUGCAAAUGAGAAGCGAAGCAGCCGCAGCAGAAACAGCAAAAAAAAGAUCAGCAGCAGCUUACGCAUCUGGCAAGAGCUAGUGAGCGACAUUGAUAAGC